GGCAUGGGCAUCUUUAUUUACAAACAUUAAAUUUGUAAUUUUGUGUCAAUCAGAAGAGAAGAAUUAACUAAACGGAAGUUCUAAAUCUUAGAAUAUACCAUCUUUUAGUGUCAGCUCCAAAACAGCACGAAAUAUCAGUAAAAUGACAGCUGAAAGUUGCAUCGAUGUUCAGGAUUUCCGCUUUAAGUCUGCAGCCAAAACCAAAGUUUUCAAUGGUGCCUGGCCGGACGUUUCAUCCCAGCUAGCUGUGAUCGCAACAGCAAGUCGAUGUGGCCUCGUAUUCGCCGGCACGCCAAAUGGAUUCAAAGUGUAUGAACUCAAGAGUCUUGUGGAAGCUGGCGAGUCAAAUGCCAAUGUUCCGUGUCGGGAAGUGUCCAUCGAUGGAUCCCUGAAGAUGCUCCACAUCAAUUGCGACGACACUCUGUUAGCCGUAGUGUUGGGCGCCCACGAUGGCCAGCCUCGAGCUCUCAUCUACCAGGUCUCCAACUUCCUCACCGCAUCCACGCUAACGCCGUCUGGUCACAUUGUGCUGGCUUCUGGUGGGGGUCAAACCGUGGCUGAUUUCGCCUGGAAUCCCGUCAAUCCCGGGACAUUUUGUGUCUGCCUGUCUGACGGCCAAGUAUCGUCGUUUGAGGUCAAAGGGCCUUCAACCAUAGGGCUGAUCAACACUGUGGCUGCCGGCGCAGCUUGCGUGGCUUGGAGUCCAAAGGGGAAACAACUUGUAGCUGCCACCAGGGAUGGUCGGCUUUCUCAAUUCAUGCCAGACCUGCGACCAGUGAAGACUGUCGGGCCUCCAGAAGGGUUGGGACCAUCACCAGAGGCGGUUUCCGUUGUCUGGCUCUCAAGCUUCCAGUUUGGCGUCGUUUUCAGACUUGGGGGAGCUGAUGACCAGAGAUUGAGUUUGUGCGUGGUGAACACUCCUAAAAACGGACCUGUCACUGCUCAAGACUUUGAUGACGUUUGCUACUCGUCAGGAGACCUGCGUCAAAAUCAGUUCUACCUGAACAUGGUCAGCCACUGGGGAGUGCUAAUGGUCGCCUCGGCCAACGGCGCGGAGGUUGGACUGCUGGGGCAAAAAGAGGCGUCUGUCUGGCAGCAGUGGACCUUAGAAGACUCUGCCAGGGCUGAGCUUCCCCUCGACAACUGCGCUGACACCUUCCCCCUUGGCAUGGCUUUCUGCACGACUGCCACCUGCCAGCUGAUUUGGGAAGAGGCGCAGUUGCCUCACAUGCCCAUCUUGCUGCUUCUGUCACACUGUGGAACGCUGUGUGCCUUUCACGCUCUUAAUCUCAAGCCAGGUGCUACUGAAAUCUGCCAACUUGCUGAGGCUCAACCUCUGCCUGGUCUUUUUACUGCAUCCACUCCUGCUGCUGCACCAUCUCCCGUUGUCCAAAAAGCGCCAGAGCCUGCGAAAGAACAGCCAAAACCACAACCAUCAAUUUCCUUUGGGAAAGUGUCAGCAGCUCAGCCCUCAAUGGCAACACCUCCAAAAAUGUUCUACGAUCAACUAUCUGCUACUCAAGCUACAAGCGCUGCUCCAUUCUCGGCUAGCCUUCAAGUAACAAGCCAACCUCCUGCUUCUGCUCCUGUCAAACCAAGUGCAGCCUCAACUGCGCUGUAUACGGUGCCUCCACCAGCUCUAGAUUUGACCUCAAAAGAGCCUCCUCCUGUUCAGCCUGCGCCGGAGGUCAAAGUUGUCAAAGAAGUAGUACCUGAGCAAGCGAUGAGUGAGGAGGCGUUUCUUGCAGCCAGUAGUGCCAUUAUGCGCCAGUUCAAAGAGGAGAUUGCUACCUCACUCAAACAGAGCACUGAUCGUGAUUUCACGGUUGGCUCACGUACAGACUCAGAUGUGAUUGCAAGCACUCUUAAUUCUGCAGAAGAGAAGCUAGUCGAGCUGCAACAAUUGUCUAACAACUUCAGCCAGCAGAUGAACGAUCUGAACAAUGCAAAUCUUAAGUCGAUUCGCAAAUUUGAGGAAAUUCGCACACGACACGAGCAGAGGGCAGACCCAGGAUACAUCCAAGUAGCACGCACCAGACCUCUGGACCCAACAACACAGGCGCUGAAACAGGAAAUCGCGACGCGCAUGCAGUACAUUGAGAGCCAGACGAGCCAAGCCAUGACUAUGAUGAACCUGGCUCUUGACGCUACCCCAUUUAAGCCCAGCUCUAAUAUGGCCUUGCACCAGACCCUGAUCAUGCAACGAAAGUGCAUCGUCAAUUUGAAUGCCCGGCUCGAUAGCAUGGAAGCAAAGGCCGGUCUUCAUGCGCCAUCCCUGUUAGACUUGUCCAGCUUGUCAGCGGCCCUUCCAAACGUUGCCAAUAAACUAGAGCCGACCUUGAGCAGGGAGCAAGAGCUGCGUCUCAGCUCAUUCUUGAAGGACAGACCGAUUUCGCUGGUGAAGAGGAAGCUGCCGACGCCGGCACCUUCGCCAGUCAAACCUGUCUCGCCUCUUCGGCCAAUUUCUCCACUCAAGUUUGAACCACGCGAAGCAAAGGCGCAGCCGUUGCUGGCGGCCAAAUCACAGAUGGUCGCUCAAGCUGCUCCUCUAGAAGUUAAGCUGAACUAUAACUUGUCGCCUGCACUGACGAUCACGAGAGUGUCCCAGGCAGCAGCACAACCGACGGUCUCAAACAGCUUCCUGAAAGCGGACGUCGCCAAACCUGCGGUUAUUGCCGCUUCUAAUCCACCUGCGGCUUUUUCAUUUUCCUCCACUCCUAAGCCGUUCUCUUUCACGUCUGAAAGCAAGCCGUCAGAAUUUUUGUUUGGAGCCAAAGAUCCCAAGCCAAGUGGUGUUGCUGCUCCUGUUGAACUUGUGAAUAAGACGCCAUCUAAACUUGAUGUGGAGGUUGUUGCGACUGAUGGAGGCCUUGACGAGAAGCAAAAAGUUGUGGAGAUCAAAGGCAAAGAACAAACAGGCCAGGAGUCAAUAACUUUGACAUCCAUUCUGCAAAGCUCGCCGACAGCACCUCCCAUAACAGGGACUUCAAAGUUCUCGCAGCCGCUGCUGGCCACUCCAACCACCAUCUCAGCUGCUUCUUCUGUUUUCUCGACACCCAUUUUGGCACCAAAGCCAGCUCUUUUCUCUGGGGGAAAUCUGUUCUCGAGCAACACCACGAGCUCGACCCCCGCGACCAGUGCAACCGUUUCUCCAAAGUUCUCGUUCCCCUCGUUCACGUCCAGCACAUCCACUUCUUCAACUUUCGCGUUUGGUACCGCUGGCAAAGCGUCCAUUUUUGGCUCGAUCUCAUCUCUGGCUUCAGAAUCAGCCGCUCUGGCAACCACCACCGAGCCUGCUCCUGUUACGACCACGACAGCGACCACAAUUGCCGCCUUCUCGGCCAUGCCAGCAACCACCACCAGCUCGUUCGGCUUUGGCACCCCGAGCACGAAGGCAUCAGUUGGCAGCGCCCCAGACGUGACGACGUCGACUGAAGCCCCUCCUGCGAGCACCACAACCUCCAGCGCGCCGUCUCUCUUUGGCCUGCUGUCUACACCGGUGACUAAGGCUGAGAGCACCACCUCGGCGUCCGUUGAUGGCCUGUUUGGCAGCAUCCCUACACCGACGACCACAGCAGCCACAGCCACGCCAACGGCUGCUAAGAUCACGGUGGCGCCCUUUGCCGCGGCCUCUCGCUUCAGCUCCGCCCAGACUGCCACUACGACCGCCGCCUCGGCCACCCCCGUUUUCGGCUCAUCCCAGACUGCCACCACGACUGCUGCUUCUGUAACUUCCGUUUUCGGCUCAGCGUCUGUUUUCGGGUCCAGCAUGACCGCAGCCACGCCAGUCUUUGGCUCUGCCACCACUGCAAGUACCCCUGCCUUUGGAACCACCACCACGAGCACUCCCUCUUUUGGCGGAACCACCACCUCAAGCGCCCCUGCUUUCGGCACCGCGAACACCUCUAGCACUCCUGUAUUUGGUGCUACUACCACCACCACCUCAAGCACUUCUGUCUUUGGCGCCACCACGAACUCAAGCGCCCCUGUCUUCGGUGCAGCAGCGUCGACCGCAGCCUCAAGCUUCUCGUUCGCCACCGCCGCUGCUGGCUCGACAGACCAAGUAACCAACCUAUUCGGCGGCAUGGGCUCCGGUGGCAGUCUAUUUGGUGGUGGCACCAGCUUCACGUCGUCGCCGAAGCCGGCUGCCUCAAUUUUCGGCGGAACAGCAACCCCGUCGGCAUCGGAGCAGAAUCCGUUUGGAGGUAUGCAGGCCUGCAGCCCGAGCACUACCAAGAACCUCUUUGGACAGUCGCAGCCUCAGGCAAAUCCCUUCUCCUCGCCCAAAGCAGCCACACCAGCUGCUACCAAUUUGUUUGGGCAGUCGCCUGCCAGCACUCCUGCGAACGCUAGUGGAAGCUCUUUUGGUCAGUCUGGUGGAUCUUUGUUUGGCCAAUCUUUCACGCCAUCAAAAUCAGUAUUUGGAGGAGCCCCAGCCUUUGGAGCAUCCAGUGGCUUUGGUGCCCCUCCAAGUUUUGGUUCAAUAUCUGGCUCCCCGCAGCCAGCGUUUGGCAGUGGUGGUCACGUUUUCGGUUCGUCUGGAAGCUCGACCUUUGGACAGCAGGCUACAUCGCCACCCUCUGGCCUCUUCAGCGCUGCAGCCGACGCCCUCUCUUUUGGUAAUCUGGCUCAGCAGACGCCUCCUUUCAAUCAACAGCCCCAAUCGCCGCAGCAAAACAACAACCAGUCAGCCUCAUUCGGCGGCAGCUCUUUUUCCAGCUGGCGUUAAAAGUGAAAACAAGCUUGUGCUAUAAAAUCUUCUUUUUUAUUAUACAUACAGUUUAUGAUACAAGAUAGUUUGUCUAACAAUAAAUAACAAUACAAAAUGUACAAGAAUGAGUUAAAAAGGAACGAUCACAGAUCAUCACUCUUUCUUUGGACUGAUGAGGCGCAAGAGUGCAACGACAGGCGCUUCGAACGACACAGAGAUGGCAAACGCGAUGAGGUAGGAAAGAACGACGUGCCCCAGGAACAGCAACAUCUAUAAGACAUUUUUAUUGUUAUUGUUCCCCAAAUAAACUUAAAAAAUAAUUAUUCAACUUCA